CGGCCUUCUUUUUCAUUUUUCUAUGAAAUCUACUUUUUACUGCUUCAAAACAACGUACAUUCUGUUUUUUCAGUUGUAUGUGUCGAUUAUUUGUAAUGUAUUGGUUGAUUGAGAUUUUUUCCAUGGAGUGAUGAAGUUGGAUGGGUUAAUUUGAUUUACUGCAUAGGAAAAGAUGAAAAGAAGGUUAUGAGAUUUGAAUCUGAGUGUUAAUUAUAUAGAAAUGGAUGCUUCACGACGAGGAGGAGGGGGAAUGGUACCAAUAUCACCGUCGCAGACUCCGCGAUCAAGUGACAAGGCGGUGAGGGAUCUGCGAUCAGAGGGGAGUAUAAGUGGAAAGCAUGAUAAGGAUAAAGGUGUCAAUGUGCAGGUUAUCGUGCGCUGCAGGCCAUUGAGUGAGGACGAGACGAGAAUGCAUACACCAGUGGUGAUUUCUUGUAAUGAUAACAGAAGAGAAGUUUGUGCUGUUCAAAACAUUGCUAAUAAGCAGAUAGAUAGAACUUUCUUCUUUGAUAAGGUCUUUGGUCCAUCUUCCCAGCAAAAAGAUUUAUAUGAUCAGGCGGUCUGCCCCAUAGUCUUUGAAGUUUUAGAGGGCUAUAAUUGCACCAUUUUCGCAUAUGGACAAACAGGGACAGGAAAGACUUACACAAUGGAGGGUGGGGCGAGGAAAAAGAAUGGGGAAUUCCCAAGUGAUGCUGGUGUUAUUCCAAGAGCCGUUCGACAAAUUUUUGAUAUCUUAGAAGAUCAAAAUGCAGAAUAUAGCAUGAAAGUUACAUUCCUAGAGCUCUACAAUGAGGAAAUAACGGAUCUUCUGGCAUCCGAAGAAUGUCCAAAGUUCUUAGAUGACAAAUCGAAGAAACCGAUAGCACUAAUGGAAGACGGAAAAGGUGGAGUUUUUGUUAGAGGUUUGGAAGAAGAGAUCGUAACGACUGCUAAUGAAAUAUAUAAAAUCUUAGAAAAAGGUUCUGCUAAAAGACGAACGGCGGAAACCCUUCUUAACAAACAAAGCAGUCGUUCUCACUCUAUAUUUUCUAUCACAAUUCACAUCAAGGAGUGCACCCCAGAAGGAGAGGAGAUGAUUAAAUGUGGGAAGCUGAAUCUUGUUGAUCUUGCUGGCUCAGAAAAUAUUUCACGCUCUGGUGCUAGAGAGGGAAGAGCAAGGGAAGCAGGUGAGAUCAACAAGAGCUUGCUGACACUUGGUCGGGUUAUAAAUGCUUUGGUCGAGCACUCUGGUCACAUACCAUAUAGAGACAGCAAAUUAACAAGGUUGCUAAGAGAUUCUCUGGGAGGGAAGACAAAGACGUGUAUAAUUGCCACAAUAUCACCCUCCAUUCACUGUUUGGAAGAGACACUCAGUACUUUAGAUUAUGCUCACCGUGCCAAAAACAUAAAGAACAAACCAGAGAUUAAUCAAAAGAUGAUGAAAUCUGCAAUGAUCAAGGAUCUGUACUCGGAAAUUGACCGGUUAAAGCAAGAGGUGUAUGCUGCCAGAGAGAAGAAUGGGAUAUAUAUACCAAGAGAUCGUUAUCUCCAGGAGGAGGCAGAGAAAAAGGCCAUGUCUGAAAAGAUUGAACAUAUGGAACUUGAUUUAGAAUCCAGGGACAAGCAACUGAUGGAGAUCCAGGAAUUAUACAAUUUUCAGCGGCAGUUGACUGCUGAAUUGAGUGAAAAACUUGAAAAGUCUGAGAAAAAGCUACAGGAAACUGAGAACACAUUGCUUGAUCUUGAAGAAAGACACAGGCAGGCAAAUGCAACAAUUAGAGAGAAGGAAUACCUGAUAUCCAACCUUCUUAAAUCCGAGAAAGCGCUUCUUGAACGGGCACUUGAGCUUCGGACAGAACUGGAGAAUGCAACAUCAGAUGUCUCUAAUCUGUUCACGAAGAUUGAACGCAAGGACAAAAUAGAAGAUGGAAACAGAAUUAUUAUCCAGAAUUUCCAAUCCCAAUUGACUCAGCAGCUUGAAAUCUUACAUAAAACUGUGUCAUCUUCGGCUACACAACAAGAGCAAAAUCUGCAGGAAAUGGAGGAAGAUAUGCAGUCAUUUGUAUCCACAAAGAGUGAGGUUGCUGAAGAGCUUCGAGGUCGACUAUCAAAAUUGAAAACCAUGUAUGGUUCUGGCAUCAAGGUUUUGAAAGAUUUAGCUGCAGAGCUUGAUGAUAACUCUCAGUCAACUUUUGGUUGUCUGAAUUCUGAAGUUUCAAAGCAUUCCUCAGCUUUAGAAGAGCUAUUCAAAGGAAUUGCUUCAGAGGCUGAUACACUACUACAUGAUCUUCAAAACAGUCUGCACAGUCAGAAGAAUAAAUUAACUGCAUAUGCACAACAGCAACGUGAGGCUCAUACUAGAGCUGUUGCUACCACAAGAUCAAUUUCUCAAAUUAAUGUAAACUUCUUCAAGAGUUUGGAUACGCAUGCUACAGAACUGGGCCAAAUUGUGGAAGAAGCACAGGUGGUUAAUGAUCAGAAAUUGUCUGAGCUUGAAAAGAAGUUUGAGGAGUGUGCUGCUAAUGAAGAAAGGCAAAUCUUAGAAAAAGUGGCAGAGCUGCUUGCUGGUUCAAAUGCUCGGAAGAAAAAGCUGGUUCAAAGUGCAAUUGAUGGACUUCGGGACAGUGCAGCUAGUAGAACCAACAGAUUACAAGAAGAGAUGUCAGUUAUGCAGAACACUGCUUGUUCUAUUAAAGCUGAGUGGACAAACUACAUGGAAAAAGCGGAAUCUCAUUAUCUGGAGAGCACAGCUUCAGUGGAACGUGGGAAAAAGGAUAUGGAAGAGGUUCUCCAAAACUGUUUGGAAAAAGCAAAAUUGGGUGCGCAACAAUGGUGCAAUGCUCAAGAAUCCUUGCUCGAUUUAGAGGAGAGCAACGUUGCUUCUGUGGAUGAAAUAGUUAGGGGAGGGAUGGAGACCAGUCAAGUAUUGCGUGCAAAAAUUUCUUCUGCUAUGUCAUCUGCACUUGCAGAUGCAGAUAUAGGAAGCAACAAUGUUCUCUCGUCUAUUGAACGAUCACUUCAACUGGACCGCGAGGCAUGUGGGAAUCUUAACUUAAUGAUUGAUCCAUGCUGUGGAAACUUGAGGGAACUGAAGAGCGGACACUACCACAAGACUGUAGAAAUCACAGAGAAUGCGGGAAAAUGCCUUUUAGAAGAAUACAUGGUGGAUCAACCAUCAUGCUCAACGCCGAGAAAAAGAGAAUUCAAUUUUCCAAGCGUUUCUUCCAUUGAAGAACUCAGAACCCCAAGUUUUGAGGAACUGCUAAAGUCACUUUGGGAUGCAAAAUCGUCGAAACAAGUGAAUGGAGACAUAAAGCAUAUUUUAGAGGCUGUCCAUUCCUUGAAAGACUCCCGUGCUCCUCUCACUGCUCUAAAUUAAAGCAAAUGUAUACCGCAAGGCAUAGAGGGGGAGGUCAUAAGCGUUUAUACCGUAAAAUCGAUUUUCGACAGAAUGAAAAAGACAUAUGGUAUAGUAUUAAAAUGAUAUUUGUACAGAAUUUAUAGUUUGAUGAAUUACAUUUGUUGGUUGUAUUUUUGAACAAAUCAUAUUCUUGGUGGUGUAAAGCAUGGUAUGGAGAAGAAAAUAGCUUCCGAUUUUCAUUUUUCCUUUGGAGAAUCAAAGAGAGUUUCAGUUUCGGAAAUUCUCCAACUAGAGGUAAAAUUUAGCUGUCAUUGGGGUGUCUGUAACAGGAGAAUCUAAUGUUUAAAUAUUUUUAUUUUUUUGGGGAUAAUAUUAUCUUUAUACCAGACA